GUUAGCUAUUUUUGGUUUCCGUCUGAUGGAUUUUAUCUGCUGAUAGCUUACCAAUUCCCUCGAAGCAGCAAAAGCAAAGAGUUUCAGUUCAGUUCCUUCGCUUUCUGUUUGAAAUGGCGAAAUUUUCUGCGAAAAAGAAGGUUGAUGAAAUCGAAGUUUCCCUCAUGCAAAACAAUGGGCAACCAGAAGACCUUCUGAAGAGAUUUUCACCACUAGUGAAUCCCAAAACAACUACCCAAUUGAGCGCUCGAGAAGCUAAACUAGACAUCAAUCUUGGACUCUCUUUGGGUGGCAUCUACGGUGAAAGCUCCCAUGAAAAACCUCUAACUAGAUCAUCGUCAAUCAUUGGAGUGAUGUCCCCGAAGGAGGAACUUGAGCAGAAGCUUGAUUUUCCGCUGCCGGAGUCCUUCCUUUCAUUGUCAAGGUCUAGUUCAGUGCCUGCUGAGGCAGAGCAAGAUCAGAGAAACGGAACUCUGAUGGCUUUUGCAAGCAGGAGAACUGAGUCCAUCGAGAGAUGCAUGAGGCAGACGAGUGGUAAGGAAAAAUCUCCAACUAGAGAGCCAAUGCCAUCUUCACCGUCGAAAAUAGCUGCCUGGGCUGCUGCUUCUGCUGCUAAGAGCCCUGCCUUGUGUCGUGCCCUUCUUGAGAUCAAGAGGCAGGUAGAGUUGUAUGGCAACAGAAAACUUGAAGGAGAAGAAGGUUCAGCUGCAGGGAUGGGUGCUAGCUAUUCAAAUUCAUUGCUAAUGCAGAAGGAUGCAGAAUCCAAUUUCAUGUUGGGAGGGACUAUUUCAAGUGGAAUACCGGUGAAUUUUGGCGAAACCAGUCUUGAGAAUCCAUUAAAAAGGAUUAAACUUGAGAACAAUGGAUUUGAAGAUAAUGGAAUGGAUGUGAUGAAACAGAUGCCAAGUGUGACAACUACAGGAGAUGGCCCCAAUGGGAAGAAAAUAGAAGGGUUUCUUUACAAGUACCGAAAAGGUAAUGUGAGCAUAGUGUGUUUGUGCCAUGGCAGCUUCCUUUCUCCAGCAGAAUUUGUCAAGCAUGCUGGUGGAAGGGAUGUUGAAAACCCCAUGAGGCACAUCACUGUCUGCUCUUCAGUCUCAUUCUAAAUCGUAUAGCCGUAGCAGCUUGGCUUUGUCGCCGGUUCUAAGAGUUAUAGGAAAUGAGAAAACCUGAAACUAGUAAGCUACUUUUUUUUUCCUGUCAUGUCUGUUUUUUGCUUUUGUUUAAGAAACUUCCACCUGAUGUUGGAAACUGCUUUUCCCUUUGUUUUGAGAACUCUUGUAAGGACUGUGUUUUGCUUUUAAUAGAAGAAUGGUUGUUUUUGCU